UGUGCCCUUUGCAGAGACAGUUUGUAAUCAGCUGUCAAAGUGGGCUCUGUCCCCAUCGCAGCAGUCGAGCACAGAGUUGCUUUCUGGGCAGUGAAAAGCUUUCAGGUCCACUCUACAUGCUGAUCCACACAGCAGCAGCAGCGAGGGUGGAGACUCCAGUGACUGUAUUGGAAACCAACUGUAAAAAGAUGAUCGAGCUAGGCCUUGUUGAUGGCAGCCUGAUUGACGAGCUGAUGGAGCUGACGGCACAGAGCCUUGGUCACCUGGAGAUCCAGGAACACUUCAACAUCAUCAAGGAGAUCGGCCGAGGAAAAUACGGCAAAGUGCUGCUGGUCACGCACCGCUUCAGGGGGACUCCCAUGGCCUUGAAAGUGAUGCCCAAAGCCUCGACUAAGCUGCAGGGCUUUCUGCGAGAGUACUGCAUCUCCUUACACCUGUCCUGUCACCCCUGCAUCGUGGGCCUCUUUGGCAUUGCCUUCCAGUCUAAUGAGCACUACUGCUUUGCCCAAGAGCUUGUCAUUGGGAGGGACCUGUUUGCUGUCAUCCAGCCAAAGGUGGGUAUCCCGGAAUCUUCGGUAAAACGUUGUGUCCUCCAGAUCGCCAGUGCUUUGGAGUUCAUCCACAGCCAUGGCCUGGUCCACCGUGAUGUCAAGCCUGAAAACAUCCUCCUGUUGGACAAUCACUGCUGCCAGGUCAAGCUGGCAGACUUUGGUCUGGCCCAGAAGAGAGGCACUCUAAUACGCUUCAUCACGGGAACCCUGCCCUACAUGGCCCCGGAGCUUUGCACCGUAGCCCUGAUGGAAGGCCAAAAAGAAGUGACCGCCCCUCCGCUUAGUGUGGAGCCAAGCCUGGACACCUGGGCCUUCGGGGUGGUCAUCUUCUGCAUCCUUACAGGUUAUUUCCCCUGGGAACGCUGCAUGGACUCGGAUGACUUCUACCAGGAGUUUGCAGACUGGUGCAGAAUGGAGGAGAGACCUAACACUGAGGAGGACAUGCCUCCUUUGUGGAAAAGGUUCACUCCAGAAGCCAUGGAGAUGUUUGGUAAACUCCUGGCUCUGGAUGCAGGAAAAAGGUGUACAGUGGGGGAAGUGAGAGCGUAUGUGGAGAAGGACUGGCUUAAAAAGGUGUAUGCUAUUGGGCAGCAGCAGACAGCAGAAAAUGAAAAAGUUAGUGCCUCCGGGAAUAAUCAUGGGCAUGGUGAAGUGGAUACUUAAUAAAAGACUGCUCUUUUAUAUAAUCUAUAGCUUUUGUAUGCCUUGACAGAAUGUAGAAUAUACAAUAUAGACAUUAAAUCCUAGCUGCCUGGUAUGAGGCAUGUGAUUUGCAGUGACGUCACAUAUGGUGUUUACAUCAUAUAGAGGGGUGACGCAUUAUUCUAAAGCUUGUGUCCUAGAGUCCACAGAUGUUGGAGUUCCUGUCUUUACUUAAAGGACUAGUGUGUAGGAUUUAGGAGGCUCUGUUGGUAGAAAUGGAAUACGAUAUUCAUAGGUAUGUUGUCAUUAGUGUAUACCUGAAAAUAAGAAUCAUUGUGUUUUCGUUACCUUGGAAUGAGUCGUUUUUAUAUACACGCUUGGAAGGCGAAGGGUAUUCAGUUUGCAUGCAAUCUGCAACUUCACUAAGAUACCACUAAAUCCUAUACACUGGUCCUUUAGGUGAAAGUCCUGCAUUCAAAAUGUUACUUGUAUAAAAGUACAUAAGUGUUAUAAGCAGAAUUACAACUCAAUUAACACAUUAAUGAAUUAACAUACUGAUAUGAAACAAAAUGUAAGUAUGAUUUGUAAAGAUAGAGCUGAUUUUAACUAUUUUAUACUUGCACCACUAAAGUACGAUGUCAGCCAAGGCAGACCCUUAUUACCUAAUCUCUGUGGCCUUGUUUUGUAGAGGGGCCUUGAGUCAAAUUGUAGUUGUAGUUUACACUGCACUCACAUGGGACCAGGCAGUACUUCAGCAUAGCAGUACUUGUUGGUCUCUGGGUCUUGGGUAUGUAAAGAAGGAGGGGAGCAACAGGGGCCCAAAAACAACUGACCUGUUAGGGGCCCCGGCGCUCUCUAACAGGUCAGUUGUUAUUAUUAGUUCAUAAUAAGGCAUCAUAUCUUAUAGAUAAUUAUAUGUUUUAAAAAACAGUAGUAUAUUGUGGUAUGUGGCUCUGGAGGGAGCUUUCCAAAGUUUGAGAAGUAACCAGUAUAAUGUGAUUGGGUUUAUGUGGAUUAGGUUUUCACCUUUAAACUUUUUAACAGAAAGCCUGUGUUACAAACUCGACACAUGGAGUUUAAAGUGCAGCAUGGAGUUGCAUUAUGGGAAUGUAGAAUCCAAUGUUUUUGGAGCUUGAUCCAUAUUCAGGAUUAAAAGUAGGGACCGUUCUUUUAAAAUCUGUAUCUUGUGAGUCGCCCACAUUUAUGGAAGUGGGCAUUUUUUAAGCAUCAGGUUUAUGAACCAUUUUUGUUUCUUGUCUUUAUUUUCUAGUAUUUUUUUUUUUAGUUCUCCAGUUGUAAGUUCUGCUCAAGUCAGUGCAACAUUAUUUUUGUUUCAGCAGCUGUUUUGCAGCUCAUGGCAGCACAUGAACCCUUCAUAUUUUGCACUGUGUUACUUUAAAGCUAUGUGUAAUGAAAAUUACAUAGUAAAAUAUUAACCUUUUUACCAGUGUUCAGAAUGAUUUACAUGUAUGUAGUACUGAAUAGUACAACAGUGUGAACUUGUACUGGUGUAGAGGAAGUAAUACAGGUUUUUUGUGGACAGCAGUUAGUGUUUUCAGAUAUCUCCAAGCACCAUGCAGCACUUUUUUUUUUACAGCCUAACAUCAUCUGGAGUGAAACUGCAGUUCUUUUAAGGGCUCUCCUCUGUUGCUGCAUAUAACUCAUAACAACUCAUAAAUAUAGUUUAGACUUUGAACUGUGGAUUGUUUAUUUAGAUCAUUUACAUUAUUAACUUUGAUACAUACUGUAUGUAUAAUUUGAUGUCUUUUUUUGUGAAAUGAACGUGUUCAUUAAUGACAAGAGUUCACUGAUAACUUUUGUCCUCAACUGCAACACAUCUAACAGUUUGAUUGAAUUACAAUAUAUACAUAAAUAAUACAUAUAUUACAAGUCAGUGUUGCACAGUGUGCACAGGUGACGCCAUCUCCCUUACACAGUUGUAUAUGAUGCUGUGAGAGCUUGCAGAUGGAAAAUAAAAAUAAAAAGAUAUCAUAUUA